AUCCAAUAUGGCGGACGAAGCAUCAUCGUUGGACUGAAAAGUUUAUCCAGACUCGAGGAUACGCUUAACUGAAUAGAGUAAGAGGAUAAUCUCAAGAUCUUGUAAUGUCAAGACUACUGUCAUUUACAUGGCUUAUGAGAAGAUAUGUGCUGCAUCACCCAAGAAAGUUAACUCUAUACACCACAGGGUUCCCAGCUAGAUCUUUACAUGGAGCUACAUGUAUAUCUUCAAAAACAGUAUGGAAGCCCAUUUAUGUAUCUGUUAAUUACAGUACUAUGUCUGGAAAGAGUACAGAAUACUCCAAAAGUGUUCAAAGUAAUUCUGUAAAUAAGAGAGAAAAUCAAAAAAUAUCAAGCGCAAAACAACAAACAGUUGAGGAACUGUUAAAUAACUAUAURAGCUCUCGAGAUACAGAAAACAGCUUGGAUCCAAUUGUAGUGCUUAACAAUAUUGCUCGAAGUACAGAAAAAAGUGCAAAACAAAGUCUGGUGUUGCUAAAUGAACCGACAUCACAAAAACACUAUGUAACUUUAUUAAAUGACAUUAACAAGUCAAUAGAAUUCUCUAAUGACUUGAAAGAGAAUAUUAUUAUUGUCUUGAAAGCUAUUGGAAAAAUAUCCAAAAGACAAAAGUUGUUCAUCAACAAAUGUGAGGUUGAUAUUUACCCAGAUAAAAGAUCACAGAACAAUGAUAUGCUUUUGCCGGAAGAUGGGAAGAUUCUCUUUGAUAACAUUCAAAAUUUAAUCCUAAAGAAUGGUUUGACUGGACUUCAGAGAAAACACCUGGUGACAAUCCUGUCGAGUUUUGUUGAAACAAAGCAAGGGAGAGUGAAACUUUUCAAUGAACUAAAAUAUGCCAUUCUUAGACAAGAAGUUAAGGAGUAUACUUCUGAAGAAAUUAGUCAAAUUGUGCAGUGUUUUGCAAAACUGAAAUCAAGUAUUGAUUCUUGUGAACUGUUCAAAUCAAUGGUGGAUGAAAUCCUGUGCCGUGGUUUUGUAACAUUUAUGAGCAUUGAAAUUCCUCCUAUUCUGUUGGGAAUUGCAGAUGCUGAUCAAGGUAAGUCAGACUUUUACAAGGUUAUCAUAAGAGAUGUCUUAAGCAGGGAUAUUCGAGCAUUUAGUUCAGCAGAAUUGUGCCAAAUUCUUUGGUCAUUUUCCAAAGUGAAAGAAAAAUACUCGCUUAACCUGUCAGACCUGUUAAACCAGAUUGAAAAAGAGUUUCUUCGAAGAGGUAUCAAACGACUGGAUGACCGAGGUUUAGCUGUUCUUUUAUGGUCUUUGCUGGAGAUGAAUUAUUUUUCAAAGAAAUUAUUUACUUUAUUGAGGAAUGUGGCCUUGAAACGCAAUGUCAGAAAGUUAAGCCCUGAUGACAUAGCGACAUUUUUGCGCUGUUUUGCCAAAGUAAAAACAAAAAUAAACUCGCAUCCUUUUUUCGCGAUGGUCGACAAAGAACUUGUGCACCGUGGAUUCUCUGGAUUCAAUGAUAGUGAGCUAGCGACAAUAAUCUGGGCAUUUGCAGAGAUGAGCCUUGGAUCUAAUGCUUUGAUACUUUCAUUCAAGAAAGAAUCCUUCACUAGAGAUAUCAAGGAUUUAAGCGCAGUGAAUCUCAGUCAGAUCAUAUGGGGAUUGGCAAAACUGAGAGAGAAAAUAGAUAUGAAAGAUCUUACUAAAUUUCUUGGUAAUGAGAUCGUAGACAAUUAUGAUGUCUCAAAACUUGGUAUACGACAACUCGCGCUGCUUGUUUGGUCAUUUGCUGCAACUAAUGCGACGCACGAGGACCUCUUUGUACUUCUUCGGAAAGAAAUCUCUAAAAGAGGACUGUCAGACUGUAGCAACACUGCUUUGUGCCAGAUUCUUUACGCGUUUGCAGUUGUAAGAGAUGUUGUGAGUGUUGACGACCUCAUGAAAUCAAUUGAAAGAAAGAUUUUGGGAACUCCAUUAGAUACUUUUGACAAUAGACAGCUUGCCCUGUUGGUGUGGUCUUUGGGUGAGCUUCUCGAUAAUGUACAUUCAACUCAAGUAUUUGAAAGACUAGAAAAAGAAGUGAGUAAGCGACCCUUCCAAGACUACAUGCUCGCAGAUAUUUGUCGUAUUCUCUGGGGUUUCUCUAAGAUUAAAUCUAAGCUUAACACAGCCUUCGUUUUUAACAUCUUGAGGAAGGAACUUCUCCGACGAGGUCUGGGGGAGUUUUCAGUCGCUCAAAUUACUAUGGCAACGGUUGCGCUGACGAAGGCGAAAGAAUUGCAUGAAGAUACUUACAGUCUAUUUCGUGAUGAAAUCAUGUCUCGAAAUUCCCGCCAUUUUGGUGCGAUGUAUUUGUCUUCCCUGGCGCGUUCGUUUUCCGCCAUCAGUUUUGACACGAUGGAUUUAAUCACGUGGAUUGGCGAAGAAGUUAUUUCUCGAGGUAUACCGGCUUUUCAACCGGAGGACCUUUUAGCGAUUUUACAGGUUCUAGCCACACAACACCUGCCGCAGAAAAAGUACUUUUUUGAGAACAUAAAGAAACAGCUGUUGGCGAGUGGAGAGAAAGAGUACAAUACAACGGAUAUCUCUAGAUUAUCCUCAUUACUACGUGCAGCUGGUGUUGAUACUAGUGAUUUGGAGAUGAAAAAAACGACUGCGACUUAGCGGCAUCUCUUUCGAUGUGAACAGUACAGCGCAGGACGGUGGAGGUAAUUUUAAAGUGGGGGAGAGAGGCUCCCCCAACUCCGUUGUCCCUGCGGCGACUAACCCAAUGUUAAAGUCAUCGCUCCAGGUUUAUCCUGUUCAUUUGUAGCCUUAAUUUGUCAUAACGUUUUCAUAUAACUCGCGCAGAAAUGACAGUUGCAGGUACUAGUUAGGACUGCAUGGAUUUGUCGAAUACAACACUUGAAUAAGGAGGAAUCUCUUUUUGAAAACCUUGAAACAAAAGAUUUGAUUGAACGAGGAAAUUUUUAUUACUAAGCUGUCCGUGAAUCUUGAAAUAUUAUAUGACAGUUGAAGAUUAUUAGAGGAAAUUAAAGAAUCCUAGUCAACUACAAUGCAUUGCGCGCCGAAAACAAUGAAAUGCUAAGCAAAGCGCCAUUUUCAGCAAAAUGGCGGUUUUGUAGGUAAAGUUUGGGAAUCCAGUUCCAUCGGUCUUGUCAUUCCUGCUAGAUGUGUUAUGACCAUYAUGCUAUGAUGGUACAUAGUCACUUUAAGCUUUUCGCGAGAUUUGAGAAAUUUUGGCAACGAAUCUAAGGCUAGGUUUUCGAAAGUUGUGAUGCCUAACAAUUGGACGACCGAAAAAUCAUAAUUUCACAAAGAUAAUCACUGGAAGUGUGGAAUAAUAUGAAGAAAAAAAUUGGGAAUUUGAGGACAUUGGUACAGUGAAUUUUACUCGACCAGUGUGUAUGGAAGAGCUUCGAGAACGAUGUAGGCGAACGAUGUAAACAUAACACAGGGGUGGGCGCAGUGCAUUGUAGUUGACUGGGAUUCUUUAAUAAUAAUAAUGAUGGGAGGUUGUGGUAUAGCGCAUUUAUACAACGUCUCAAUGUACAUUAUCAUUAUUUUAAUUAGUUAUAAAUGCUAUCUUCACCUUUAAUAGAAACUAUAUUUCUGAUUAGUAACAUUAACAAUCUUUUUGAAAUUAUUUUGCUUGACAGAUUUUCAGUUUUGUGCGCCUUUGGCGACGCUGCUGAGGAUUCUAAUGCGCAUGCACGGUGUAUUUCUCAUGUUCUGUAUUCUAACAAAAAUGUACAAAUUAGUUAGGUCUACGGUCUACUGAGGUCUACUGGGCUUACUAAUUUGUUCAAUUUUUUACGACGUUUUUACGGAUAUGUGGUAUGCUUUCUAGAGAGACAGUUUUAAGAAAACUGCUUGCCCCACCUUCCUCUCCCACGUAACAAAAUAAUUUCCCAUGAUCAAAUAGAAAUAGAAAAAUCAAAGAACAAACAAAAGACAAAAGAAUUGCAAAUAAAACGACACUUUGUUUGGAAAAUUUUACAGAGUAUUUGCCUCGUACACUUAAAAUAUUUACAAAUAAUAAAAACCAGCUAAAAACCAAGCAAACAAUACAUUAUCGCUAGCGAUUGUUUUUUUAAAUUUUAAAACCCA